AUAUAUAGUCGAAGCCAUUCCACACACGUGGUGAUUAUCUACUCCAGUUGUCAAAAAAUUAAUAAUUUUUUUCUCUCUCAAAAAAAAGCAAAAUAAAUCCAUAAAAAAUGGUAUUGGAUUUAGAUCAGUUUCGUGAAGAUAAAGGAUUUAAUCCUCAACUUAUUCGCGAUUAUCAAAAGAAACGAUUUAAAGAUGUUGGAUUAGUUGAUUCGGUUGUGACAAAAGAUACAAUUUGGCGACAGCUGCGUCAUAAAGCUGAUUGUUUCAAUAAAUUAAAAAAUCUUUGUAGCAAAGAAAUUGGUGAGAAAAUGAAGAAAAAAGAAUCCCUCGGAAAUGAUGAAUUACCACCGCAGGAAAUAAUUGAUAAUUUAAGUCAACUUACAUUAGAUCAACUUAAAACAUUAACAAUUAAUCAAAUUAAAAAACUUCGCGAUUAUUUGGAUAAGGAAAUUGAAAAUAAUAAUAAAAAUUUAAUAAAUACUGAAACAGAAAGAAAUGAAGCACUUAGAGAAAUUGGUAAUGUACUUCAUGAUUCAGUUCCAAUUAGUAAUGACGAAGAUGAAAAUAAGGUCGAACGCACAUAUGGCGAUUGUAUGCAACGUAAAAAAUAUUCACACGUUGAUUUAAUUCAUAUGAUCGAUGGAAUGGAUGGUGAACGUGGAACAACUGUAUCUGGUGGUAGAGGAUAUUUUUUAACUGGUGCCGCUGUUUUUUUGGAGCAUGCACUUAUUCAAUUUGCCCUUAGAAAAUUAUUUGACAAGGGCUAUAAACCUUUGUAUACGCCUUUUUUCAUGAAAAAAGAAGUUAUGCAAGAAGUUGCGCAAUUAACUCAAUUUGAAGAAGAAUUAUACAAGGUUACGGGAAAAGGAAGUGAACAAGAAAGUGAUAAGACAAUUGAUGAAAAAUUUUUAAUUGCUACAUCGGAACAACCAAUUGCCGCUUUUCAUAGAGGUGAAUGGAUAGCGGAAAAUUUAUUACCAAUUAGAUACGCGGGCCUCUCUACAUGUUUUCGACAAGAAGUUGGCUCUCAUGGACGAGAUACAAGGGGAAUAUUUCGUGUACAUCAAUUUGAAAAGGUUGAACAAUUUUGUUUAACAUCGCCUCAUGAUAAUAAAUCGUGGGAAAUGAUGGAGGAAAUGAUAUUAAAUGCCGAAGAAUUCUAUAAGGAUUUAAAUGUUCCUUAUCGAAUUGUAAAUAUUGUAUCGGGUGCAUUAAAUUUGGCAGCAGCUAAAAAAUUGGAUCUCGAAGCAUGGUUUCCAGGUUCCGGUGCAUUUAGAGAACUUGUCUCUUGUAGCAAUUGUUUGGACUAUCAAGCAAGACGAUUACUUGUUAGAUAUGGACAGACAAAAAAAAUGAAUUCAACAACAGAUUAUGUUCAUAUGUUAAAUGCAACAAUGUGCGCAGUAACAAGAGUGAUUUGUGUUCUUUUAGAAGUGAAUCAAACUGAAACUGGAAUUAAAAUUCCCGAGGCAUUGUCACAAUUUAUGCCAACGCAAUAUCAAAAUGAAAUUCCAUUUGUUAAAUCAGCACCAAUUGAUGUUAUUGAAGGUAAAAAACAAAAGAAAGUUCAAAAUUCGGUAAAAUAAUUUUAGUACUAAAAUGUUUUUUUCAAUUCGAUUUGAUAUUUUAAUUGUUUUUUUUUUUAUCUUACAAAAUGUAUAACUUUAAUCACAAAAUAAAAUAUUUACAUACAAA